UCAUUCCGCUGAUAGCCUCGUGAGGCAACGGUAACUGGUUUUGCGCGACCGCGAGCGACGCGCGGCAUGUGAAUGCGGAAAGGCGAAUGCGAGAUUCGGCGGAAACUGCGAAUCUUUCCGGGCGCUGCGAGCCAUGACUUCCGGGGAGUGGGACCUGCGGGCGCUGAAGGCGCUCGAGGAGGAGGAGCAGCGCGAGUUCCUGGCCCUCAGCCAGAGGAAUCUGUUUGAGCCAUCUGAUGUCGGUGCCAGUGCCAGUGCCGGUGUCGGUGCCAGCGCCAAGCCAGCCCUGACCUACGCCCAGCUGCAUCCACAUCUGCUCAAGCUCCCCACCAUCGACGAGUGUCAGCUGAUUGCCGCCAAGCAGCAGUCCGGUGGACGACACGGUAGCCUGGCCGGACUACGCUUCACGCGCGCCCUCUCCCUCUCCGCGCACUCGCUGUCCCCAAGGGGCGGAGGCGGGGGCUUCGGCAAGAAACUGAGAGCACGCCUCGUUGGCGCCAAAUCCAGCGGAUCUCUAUCGCCCUCGCGCCACUCCCACAGUUACAGUGUAUCGCCAGUCUACACCCCGCCCCCCAUGCGUCGCUGUGCCACGCUGCAUCACACUCAGCCGGUACGGAAGACGUUCAAGAACCUGCAACAGCUGCAGGACCGCAAGCGGCAGGCCAACCAGAGCGCAACGCCUCCCCUGGCGUUGCCAGGCCAGCUGCAGCGGAUUGCGGGCACGGGCAAGACCUACUGGAAGUACGGAGCCAACUCCACGGCCGCCUCCAUAAUCGGGCAGCGCACUCGACGCCAGCAACAGCACGGUACGGAGCCUCCUGUCGAGUCGAACGCCGCCUCGGAUCUCGAUCUCAAUACGGAACAGCUGGAGUCGGAUGUUCUUGACAGUGCCACAGAGACGGGCUCCUGCAGCGUGCCCCUGCCAGCGGCGGACUCCAACGAGAUGCUUCGGCUGAUGCUGAGCGCUGCGAGUUCGGCGGUAACAGUGACUCCCACGGCCGCAGCAGCAGCAGCAGCAACUGGUGGCCCAGCCCCAGUAGCAGCUCCGCUCAGGCGAUACCAGCCUAUCGGCGACGUUGAGGAGGAAACUGUUGCUUACGAAGCUUUCCACAAGCCCAAAAGCUUCGAGCGUGGCGCGCUUAUACGCGGUGGCAGCCUAACAGUGGAAGAGAGCAACAGCAACAGUCCCCGCAACAGCCCGGGCCGAGCAAUGCAAUCCACACUGGCAGGCGGACUGGUAGGCAGCCGUAGGAUAUUCAAGUCCGCCUCCCUCGACUGGCCGGGCGAACCCCAGACACACCCACAGGUACAGCAACAGAUUAACGGCCUGACCACAAAUCCGCUCGAGAUUGUGGACCAGCAGACAAUGGAGGCUCGUUACAAGCAGCGGGAGUGGGAGCACAUCCACCACCAUCACCAGCACCAGCACCAGCUAGACGCCUCUCUCGGCCUCGGCCUCGGUGUGGGUCUGCCGGGGGGCAACACUAUAAUGGACGAUGAGCUGGAGCAGCACAUCAAGCACUGUUCGUGCUCCUGCAAUCACAUGGGCUAUGGCAACUCGAUGGACUAUCAGACAACUGGCUUUGGGGGCCUCCCAGACGUCACCGAACACUCGAACAUCCGCCGUACUCUAUCCCGCCAGAACUCCAUUUCCAACAGCGACUCCGGCGGAGAGAUUGCCAGCAUACAGAAGUCUAAGGUGAACUUUGGCAGCGGACUGGCGGGCGGCGUUGUGGUCGGCGGCGACAUCGUGGGCCUGGACGCCAAAUCACCCACGUCGCUGAGCUCGUCGGCAGGAGCGGCCGGCUCCGGAAAGGCCAAGGGCAAGGCUGCACGCAAGACCAGCGCCGGAGCGGAUGCGGCCCACAAGGGACGGCGCGGAUCGUGGCUGGUGGCCCUCACUCUGGUCAGCGCCAUCUGCCUGCUGGCCAUUGCGGCCACGCUCGCCUACCAGCACUUCUUCACGGCGCCCAGCCGCAACUCGCACGCCCAAAGACUGAGGAUCGUCCGCCGCAUUCUGCGUGACGUGCCACUCGUCGAUGGCCACAACAACUACGCCUGGAACGUGCGCAAGUACGCUCACAGCAGCCUGGAGCUCCACCUUAGCCACGACCUCGACCAUAAGUCCCUGUGGGCCCGGCCGGCCUGGGCACAGACCGACAUGGAGCGGCUCAAGCAGGGUCUCGUCAGCGUUCAAGUUUGGUCGGCGUACGUGCCGUGCGAGGCACAGGGCUUGGACGCCGUCCAGCUGGCACUGGAGCAAAUCGACAUCGUGCGGCGCCUUUCGGACAUGUACGCGCGUGAGACGGUACUGGCGACCUCCUCGCAGGACAUUGUGGAGGCGCACCGCCGCGGUCUGCUGGCCUCGCUGAUCGGUGUGGAGGGGGGACACACGAUUGGCUCCUCGCUGGGUGUGCUGCGCUCCUUCUACUCGCUGGGCGCACGCUACCUGAGCCUGACGCACCGCUGCGACGUUUCCUGGGCCGGAUCCAGUGCCUCACCCAUGGAGCAGGGCCUUACGCCCUUUGGCAAGGCAAUCGUGCGCGAAAUGAACCGUCUGGGCAUGAUGAUCGACCUCUCGCACAGUUCGGACGCCACAGCCAGGGACGUGUUGCAGGUGACACGGGCGCCCGUCAUCUUCUCGCACUCUGCAGCGCGCCAGCUGUGCAAUUCGACGCGUAACGUGCCCGACGAUAUCCUGCGGCUGGUGGCCGAGAACGGUGGCCUCAUCAUGCUCAGCUUCGACUCGGAGGACGUGGCCUGCGGCCGACAGGCUCGGCUCCAGGACGUCAUCGAACACAUCAAGUAUGUGCGGGCCAUUGCCGGCAUACAGCACAUUGGCCUCGGAGCGGGCUACGACGGUAUUGAGCUGCCGCCUUUGGGCCUGGAGGAUGUCUCCAAGUACCCGGAACUCCUGGCCGCCCUGCUCGAGGACCACAACUGGAGCGAAGAGGACGUGGCCAUGCUAGCCGGCCGCAACUUUCUCCGCAUCAUGGAGACCGUGGAGACAGUGCGCGACUACUGGAAGCGGGCCGCCAUCCAGCCCAUCGAGCAGACAGAGCCCCAGCCCAAGACGCAGUGCACGUACAUGUCGUCGUGACCGCAGGCGCAGGCGCGGGCGGUAAGGACACGACGCGACGAUUCGCCAUCAGAGCGGGUCAAUCGCACCUCGGCGACGCUGUCAGGAAUCCAGUUCUGGCGGCAGGCAGAAGCACCAUCGAAUCGCACGGAGGCCACUCCCACGAACCGCAUGAUCCUCGCGGCCACGGCGACCACCUUCACAGUCAGCGGACUGCUGCAGUGAGCUCCGAAUGGGGGCAUCUAUUGGCUUGGGUUGCGAGGCAGAAUGAACAGGCUGAAAGGUGCUGGUUGACUGUUCGACUCGACUGUUGCUCUUCUACGAAUGGGAUCGAACAAUAUUCGGAAAUCACAUGGUGAUGAUGGGGCGCUCACAGAGGCAGAGUUUGUAACACAAAACUAAAAUUUUACAAUACCCGAAUAAAUAUGCGUGUCUGAACCCUAUUCUGGAAUCGUAGAACUGUCGUGGCAGCCCUCGUGCAUAAUUUAGUGUGUACUCGUAAUUUUUUUUUUCAUAGGACGCAUUAAUAGGCGUAUUAAUAAAUAAUUAUAAUAAAUGUACUAGUAUUUAACCCAUAGUUGUUUGCAGCUCUUCUUAUUGGUGUAGUUGCUCUGCAUAAUUCAUGCACGGCCGGAUACUUAUUGAUGUUGCUGGGCCACGGGACGUAUGCGCGAUACAGCUGCAAAGCGAGAACCGCAAACCAAAUAUCUUUGUACGCUUGUCUGUGACUGUAUUAUAGUUGUACUAUAUGCACGUACAUGUGUACUCGUAUCAGCAUCAAUGAUUCAUGCUAAUUAUCGCAAUUAAACGCAAAUAUAUUUAAUCACCAAUAUCGAACGGACAGAGCCCAAGAAUUAACUAUAAAUCACGAUUCAAUUGCAACAAUUCCAACCACCCACACUUAGAUUUAAGCCCUGGAGCCGGACACUGGACACCGGAAUCCACAGCCACGCGGCUCGCCCUGCAUCCAGGGGUAAUAAGAAAGGCGGUUUAGCAUCCGGAUCGCAUUGAAAUAAUUCUUCUAUAUCUCUGUGUUAAGUAAGCGUAAAGCCAAACGAAAAAUCAAAAACAGAACACAAUGUUGUGCACGUUGGCACACAUAUUCGGAAACACAUAAUAACUAUAUACAUAUAUACUGAAAUAAAUAUAACUAUAAAUAUAAAUAUAAACUCAAGCAGACGCAGAAGCAAUGCGAAUAAUCGAAUAGAGAGACACGACACGCAUUUCCAUAAAAAUAAAUCGAAAGCAAAAUUAUC